AUGUUCGCCGCCAAACUUUCGGCGUAUGCCCUUGCUGGUGCUCUUCUGGCUUCUCCUCUCGCUAUUGGCGCGAGUGUCCAGAGGCGUGCAGUCGCCUACUUCGACCCUACGGCGGGCGGAGGAAGUAUGUUCGCUGAUGCCGGUAACGGUCUCGGGGAGCCUCUGAACGUCAUCAUCUCGGGGCUCAGUUCCCCUGAUGUUCUCACUGAGGACGGCUUGAUCAACUAUGCCCAAGCUAUCGGAUUCUCGACGGAGUGCUUCGGCAUCCACCUUGGCAACCCCUUCCCCGCCAAUCUGGGUGACGGUCACGGCCCUGUGAACCAGACGGUCGAGCUCCGUCAGGACUACGGCGACGAGGACGGCGGUACCUGCCUCGAGUCCCUUAUCGGCGGCAACCACUUCCGUGUGUUCUUCCAGAACGGCCCCUCAGCGAACAGCGGUGCGGCCUUCCUCGCUGUCUCGAAGGAGGAGCCCGUGACGGACAACCACGACAUCGUCCCCGACGGCUACGACAUCGGCCGGGACACGCUCGUCCAGUCCGCGGUCGGCAUCACGAGCAACGACGGCGUGACGUACUCGACUACGGCACAGAACAUCACUGGGCUCCUGCCCACCGGCACCGAGGGCGUGAACCACGACAUCGCGAUCGACGGCAUCGUCACCCUGCUCACAGUCACCAUCCAGUGA